AUGCAAUUUGGUGAAAAUUGUUACGAGGAUUUAGCUGAGCUCGAAUGGCUGUCGAAUUUCGUAGAGGAAUCAUUUUCAAGUGAGGACCUGCAAAAGCCUCAGCUGAUAUCAGGAACGAAAACCCGACCCGACGAAUCAUCAGAGGCCCCAGGGUUCCAACCCGCUCUUCCCAACCAAAUUGACAACGCCAUUGAUAAUGGUGACAAGCAUGGUAACAACAACAACAACUCGAUUUUCCAUCCGGACAUGUCGGUUCCGGCCAAGGCCAGAAGCAAACGGUCCCGGGCUGCGCCAUGCAAUUGGGCCUCCCGCCUCCUUGUUCUCAGCCCAACAACUUCAUCUUCCGAACCUGAAAUUCUGGUUCCGGUCCAACCACCCCCCCAGAACCACCCCGGCAAAAAGCCCGUCAAAACGACCUCAUCGAAGAAAAAAGAUGUUGGCGAUGGCGGUGGUGUUGCGAAUCCGGAUGGCCGGAAGUGCCUGCAUUGUGCUACGGAUAAGACGCCGCAGUGGCGGACUGGGCCCAUGGGCCCAAAAACAUUAUGCAAUGCUUGUGGAGUUAGGUAUAAAUCGGGUCGGCUUGUGCCCGAGUACCGACCCGCUGCGAGCCCGACAUUUGUGCUGACUAAGCAUUCAAAUUCUCACCGUAAGGUGCUUGAGCUUAGGCGACAGAAGGAAGUGGUAAGGGCCCAACAACAACAUCAGCAACAAUUCAUCCAUCAUCAUCAUCAUGAGGACAUGGUUUUUGAUGUAUCCAACGGCGAUGAUUACUUGAUCCACCAACACGUGGGCCCUGAUUUCAGACAGUUGAUCUAGUAGUAGGCGCAGAGUAGGGAAAUUUUAAUGAGCUCUUAAAAUUUUUUUCCUAACUGUUUGUUUUUUUUUUUUUUCUCGUGAGAAUUUUCU